AUGGCGAGCACCCAAAAUUCCCUCAAGGCUCGCCUGCAAGAUGGGGAGGUCCUCUAUGGGAUCGCCCUCCUAAGCUACUCACCUACCAUGGCGGAAAUAGCUGCCUUUGCUGGCUAUGACUUCGUGCUCAUUGACAUGGAGCAUGGAUUCGGGGGUAUCGCCGAUGCCCUGCCAUGCAUCCACGCCGUUGCAGCGGCCAACACUCCGGUGAUCAUCCGCGUCCCGGAGAACACCCACGUGUGGGUCAAGAAAGUGCUUGACCUCGGCCCUCAGGGCAUUGUCUUCCCCUUCAUCAACGACGCCGACCAGGCUAUCAAGGCCGUAUCGUACUGCCGUUAUCCCACCAAGGGUGUGCGUGGGGUGGCCACUCCCAUUGUCAGGGCUUCCAAGUUCGGAAUCGACGAGCACUACGCAGAGCACUACGAGAAGGACCUGCUCAUCAUGUGCCAGGUAGAGACGGAGGAGUCGGUGAACAAUGUGGAGAAGAUCGCGGCGGUGGAUGGGGUGGACGCGGUCAUGGUCGGUCCCUAUGACCUGAGUGCCAGUGUCGGGUGCAUGUCGAACCCAAAUGCCCAGAAAGUGCAGGAUCUGUUGAGGACCAUGGAGAAGACUGUACUGUCCUCCAAGAAAAAAGAGGAGGGAGGCCCAUUUUUGGCGGCGUUUGCCAUCGGAGCUGAUGGGUCCGAGGACUUCCGAAGGCGAGGCUACCGGUGCAUUCGUGGGGCCUGUGACGUCGUGUCGUUCAAGAAUGCCUGCCUUGCCGAUGUGAGGAAGUUUAAGAAGAGCUUGCUCAACUCCACUUGCUGA